AUGUAUUUCUCGGCAUCUUGCUCUGCCAUUGCGGCUCUCGUCCUUCCACUCAUCUCCCAGGUUUCCGCUGCUGGACAGUUGGGAUUUGCCCUUGGCGUCAAACAUGCCGACGGAAGCUGCAAGUACCAAGCAGACUACGAAGCGGACUUUGACGCAAUAGGCACUGCCGGUAGUUCAAUCGUAAGAAUCUACUCGGCUGCUGAUUGUGAUGUGGCGCGGCAGAUCCUGCCGGCAGCCAAGAACAAAGGCUUCAGAGUCGUACUUGGAAUCUGGCCUGAUACAGACGAUUCGUACAAUGCUGGAAAAGCAGCGAUUCUGGAGUCCGCUGUCGCCUACCCAGACCAGGUUUAUGCCAUCACUGUUGGCUCGGAAGCACUGUACCGUGGAACCUUCACUGCGGACCAACUCAUUAGCAAGAUUGCCGAUAUGAGACAGGCUGCACCGCAGUUCCGUUACGGAACCGCCGAUUCCUGGAACAUGUACAUUCAAGACAAUGGAUUGAGCCUGGUCCCGGUCGCUGACAUUCUCCUUGUCAACGCAUUCGCCUAUUGGCAGGGUGCUGCCAUUUCCAACGCCGUCAAUGUCUUCAAUGACGACAUCAACCAGGCUUUUGACCGCAUCAAGUCUGUAGCUGGCGACAAGCAAAUCGAACUCUGGGUCGGAGAGACUGGUUGGCCGACGGAGGGAACUACCUACCAGGCUGCGGUGCCUUCGCUGGAAAGCGCCGAAUUCUUCUAUCACAACGGCGUUUGCAGCAGGCUGAACGACGGAACAAAUGUUUUUUACUUCGAGGCAUUCGAUGAGCCCUGGAAGCCCGAUUCCAUUGGUGAUGACGGCAGUGCAGCGGAUGAGAAGCAUUGGGGAGCAAUGACUUCAGACCGCGUUGCAAAGUUCUCCCUGCAAUGUUAG